GCAAACCGAAAACCCCGUCUUGUCUGUUGCAGAGCCAGAUAAACAACGACAGGACACACACGAAUUUAGUAGCAUGGAUAAGCUAAAAGACUCUCUUAGUAUAAUCGCACAGGCGCUGGACCGCUUCCGUGCCGAUGAGAUAUUCAUAUCGUUCAACGGCGGCAAAGACUGUACGGUGCUGUUAGACCUAAUACACAGCUCAAACCUGAAGGAUGCGAAACGGAUCAAAUGUAUCUACGUGCGGCCCCAAAAUCCGUUCACCGAGAUCGAGGAGUUUGUGGAACAGUGCCGGCAACACUACGGCAUCACGAUAGCGACCGUUGACGGUGGCAUAAAGGCAGCGCUCGAGCUGAUCUGUCGGGACGAUCCGGUGAUAAAGGCUUGCAUCAUGGGUUCGCGGCGGUCCGAUCCGUACUGUGAGCGGUUAGCACCGUUUCAGGAAACGGACGCUGGAUGGACACCGUUGAUGCGAAUCAACCCACUGCUAGAAUGGACCUGUGAAGACAUCUGGAGCUACAUCCGGGAACACAACGUACCGUACUGUGCGUUGUACGACAGAGGCUACACGUCGAUCGGUGAUCGAACGAAUACAAUUCCAAACCCUCACCUGAGGGUGGAGAUGGACGGUGAGGAGGAGACGUACCUUCCGGCGUACGCACUGCAGCAUGCGGACAAGUAUGAACGGGCAGGCAGACUUUAGAAGCCUGCCGUCGCUAGAUGGUGCCUUUUACUAAUGACAGAUAAUACGGUAAAGAUGCUGGUCCACGUACCUAAAAUCAGGUGAAAUUAGUGCAGUUGCCUAGCAACGGUGAAUCCUUCGUUUAAAAACAUAACGCCGCCCAUAAUCACCACACACGCCAAACCAAUACAAAUGGGUGGACUAUUUUAUUUUAACUACUACUACUAGCACAAAUUAAUUUACGAUUUCCGAAUUUCCGUUUUUUUGUGAAGACAGGCGACACCUUUUAUUUAUUUCGA